CACUAAAGAGUAAAAUCAUACAAGAGUGACUCCUCCUUAACGCAUUAGUCAUCACUAUCGAAUUUUUCGGUAUAAAAUCAUUGGCGGAUUUGAUAAAAAUCAUCAGUCUACCAACUGUUUCAAGCAACUCUCUACUACUCCAACAUGAAGUUUUUCAUUCUCGCUGCCCUCUUCGCCAUUGCUGCCGCUGAUUCCUACAAGGCUGCAGAAUACGCGCCCAAAUACGAGGCCCCUAAAUACGAGGCUCCCAAAUACGAGGAAGUCACCUACGCCCCUCAGCCUUACAGCUUCGGUUAUGACGUCCAGGAUAAGGAAUCCUACAACGAUUUCGACCAUUCCGAGAAAUCCGAAGCCAACGUAGUCACCGGAUCUUACCGCGUUGCUCUUCCGGACGGCCGCACCCAAAUUGUCACCUACAGGGCUGACAGCUACGGAUACACCGCCGAUGUCAAAUACGAAGGUGAAGCCCGCUAUCCUGAAUACAAGGAGACACAGCAGUACAAAGCCCCCGCCUACCCCGCUCCGGCCUACAAAGCUCCUGAAUACAAAGCUCCUGCUUACGUUGCACCAGCUUACUCUGCCCCGGCCUACAAGGCUCCCGAAUACAAAGCUCCCACUUACACUGCCCCAGCGCCCAAGGCCACUGGAUACGCCGUCGCCCCAUCUUACAAAUCUUACGCCCCAGCUCCGGCCUACAAAGCCCCUGCUGCCUACCCCAAAUAUUAAUUUAGCCUACCGGCAAUCACGCACAAUGUUUACAACAUGAUUAUUUAAUAAGAAAUAAAGAAAGAAUUUAUUCACAAGUA